AUGGGGCUCUUUGUCUCCUGUUUGUUGGCCGAUGGGAGUGUCGCCAGUGCCAAGAAAACCGUUUCGAUGAUUCCUCUCUAUUGCUUCUCUUACGACUCGCCUGGAAAACAAAGGACCUCGUUCAAGACUCACUUCCAUGAGGGCGACAUGGAUCGUCAGGAUAUCACUCGGCCUCUCUACAGGGGAGGGCUUUCCCUUACCCAUUUUCGCCGCGUAGCUCGCCUCGUUCCCGAACCCAACAAGCUUCGUGGGUACCGAGGCCCACCCGCCGUCCUCGUCCGUUGCGAGUUGAUGUGCCAUGUGGCCAACACAAUACUGGAUAAGUCGGCAUGCCGUCUAAGUACCUUUGCGUUGCCUCUGCUACUUAUUAAAGCUCUUCUCCCCUUUCCUUCCGCUUCCCGGGUCUCCUUUGUUUUCUUCACCCAAUUCUCCUGUUACGUCUCUCUCAUACCAUAACCGUCUAUCAUUCCU